AAACUCAGAGAAUCAUAAAAACCUGCGGGCCCUGAGACACCCUGCAAAGAUGGAGGUCGCUGGAAGGCUUUUCCUUUGGACUGUUUUAGCUGCCUCCUGUGGGGCACAGCUAAAUUCGACGGUGGCUGAAGGCAGAUCAAAAUGCACAGCCAGUGUGGGAGGGGCCAAUCUGGGAGAGACCCACAAAGCCCUGAUCCUACAACCCAAUGCUGAUGAGAACUGCACCUGGACCAUAGAGAGACCUGAAAACAGGAGCAUCAGGAUCAUCUUCUCCCACAUCCAGUUAGAUCCAGACGGAAGUUGUGAAAGUGAAAACAUUGAAGUGUUUGAUGGGAGCUCCACCGAUGGGCCUCUCCUAGGGAAGGCCUGCAGUAAAAAUGACUUCGUGCCUGUAUUUGAAUCAUCAUCCAAUUCACUGACAUUUCAGAUACUCACUGACUGGACAACGAUCCAAAGAAGUGUCUUUAUCUUCUACUAUUUCUUUUCCCCUGGAACCUUGGUUCCAAACUGUGGUGGUUACCUGCAAGCUUUGGAAGGGUCCUUCAGCAGUCCCAAUUAUCCAAAGCCACACCCGGAGCUGGCAUACUGUGUAUGGCACAUACAAGUGGAGAAAGGCUAUAAGAUAGAGUUGAAAUUUAAAGAGCUCUUCCUAGAAAUGGAUGAACACUGCAGAUUUGAUUUCAUUGCACUCUACGAUGGCCCCUCCACCACAUCCGGCCUGCUCAAACAGCUCUGCGGCCGCGGGCAACCUACCUUCGAAUCUUCCUCAGAUUCCAUGACUGUCGUGCUGUCUACCGAUUAUGCCAAUUCCUACAGAGGCUUUUCUGCUUCCUAUACUUCAGUUUACAUAGAAGAUGUCAACACUACAUCCUUAAGUUGUGCUUCUGACAAGAUGAGAGUCAUCAUAAGCAAAUCAUUCCUACAGUCACUUAACUACAAUGAGAACAACUUGCAACUAAAUGACCCAACUUGCAGACCGAGUGUAUCAAAUGUCAUAGAAUUCUCUAUCCCUCUGCACGAAUGUGGUACAAUCAAAAAGAUAGAGGACCACACAAUCACUUAUACCAACAAAAUCAGCUUCACCAAGGCUCCCAUGUCUGCUCUGAUCACCCGACAGAAGCACCUCCAGAUAGUGGUGACGUGUGAGAUGGAAUAUAAUUCUACCGUGGAGAUUCUGUACAUAACUGAAGACGACAUCAUACAAAACGAAAGCGCCCUGGGCAAAUACAAUACCAGCAUGGCUCUUUAUGACUCCAGCGCCUUUGAAAACCGUUUACAGGACUCACCAUAUUACGUGGAUUUGAACCAAACUCUUUUUGUUCAAGUCACUUUGCACACCUUAGAUCCGAACCUGGUGGUGUUUUUGGAUACUUGCCAAGCCUCUCCCACACCUGACUUUGCCUCUCCAACCUAUGACUUAAUCAGCAGCGGGUGUAGUCGAGAUGAGACUUGUGAAGUGUACCCCUUAUUUGGACACUAUGGAAGAUUCCAGUUUAACGCCUUUAAAUUCUUGAGACAUAUGAACUCUGUGUAUCUCAAGUGUAAGAUUUUGAUCUGUGAUACCGAUGACCCCACGUCUCGCUGCAAUCAAGGCUGUGUCUCAAGAAGGAAACGAGAUAUUUCGCCAUAUAAGUGGAAGACUGAGUCUGUCAUAGGACCAAUUCGCCUGAAGAGGGACAGAAGUGCGAGUGGAAACACAGGACUUCUGCCUCAAACACAUGAAGCAGAAAUUUCCAACCAGCCUCUCAGCCAUCUGCGCCUGUUCUCCUUCAUGGUUCUUGUUCUGAAUGUGCUGGUUGUAGCUGUAGCCGCAGUGAAGUAUUUUGUAAAUCAAAGGAUGGAUCACAGAUACCAGAAGCUGCAGGUCUACUAGCUGUGGACCGGAAGAAGACCCCUUGUCUUCUGUGGGGUGCCUGAGGAAACAGUUUUCUGUACCUACAAGGGUUAGGAAUAAACCAGGAAGAUCUGACAAGGCAACAUGCACACAUUCAUGUUCAUAUCACAGUGACCGUGUGUUUCAUUAUGGGAUGGAUGAAAUGAAUAAAUAUGUCUGGUCACCUUU